AUGGACAAGUGUGAUGAGGUCACCUUGGACAAUAAGGCCCAGCCAUCAAAUGAAAUCUGUGAUUCAUACACACAAGCACAGAAGAUGCAUGCUGCCAUGACCAAAUUUUUUUCACAUGAGUAUGGCCUUGGGUCGCUUGAAUGGCAUCGAACCAGGGAUGGUAUGGUUGGCAACCCUUCCAUCUCACCAGAGGUUGCCAAUGAUAUGAGUGGUCUGCGUCACUGGAAGGUUAAAGCUGGCUGCGAAGCAACCAGUGCGCGCACCAUCACAGCUGAUAUUAUUGGCAGGCUUUAUGACUUCAACCACCUCCCAGAAAACUGGGCUUUGAAGCAAUACAGCCCUGUCUCUAGACAAGAUGCCGCCAAACUCCAUGAGUGGGGUGGAGGGUUGACAUGUCGGGCAUUGCAUGCAAUAUAUGCAAUAUCUUUUCUGUGCUUGCUGCGCAUCGACGAGGUCUUGAAAAUUCGAAGGUCCCACAUUGAAAUUCAAGACGAUCUCAUAAUUCUAACAUUACCCUUCCGAAAAACACAUCAAUACAGCCGUGUAAAGCCAUUCUAUCUACACAUGCUUGAUGAGGCAGAUGCCCACCUUUGUCCUGUCUGUGCCCUCGCUGAUUGGAUCAAUACCACUACCAUCACCGAGGGCUACAUCUUCCACAAAAUAGGAUCAGGUGAAUGGCCUGUCGCCAAGGACUCUCCAAUGACCUCUGAACAAUUUCUGGAGCACUUUCGUAACAAUCUUCUUGAUAUCGGGAUUGACCCAUCCCCUUACGGAACUCACUCAUUUCGAUGCGGUGGUUGUCAGUACCUGUCAUUGGAACGUUGUUGGCCUCUAUGCACAAUUUGUGAUUGGGGCAGCUGGAGCAUCGAAUUUUCCAGCAUGACAAUUGUCAAAUAUCUUAUUUCAUGGAAUGACAACCCAACAGAAUCACACGAGGACUUAUUUAACCCAAGGCGAGCCCCAACCAUAAAGUGCCCACGAUGUGGACGUUCUUGUGCUUGUGCAUAA